AUGCCUUUAGUUGUAUUUGGCAGUGGCCUUAAAAAUAAGAGUCAUGUAAAGUUUAAAAGCUUAAGGCACGGUGUAUCAGAAAGAGUAUACAGGCAAUUAAAGCACAGAGAGGGACUUGGAGAGUUGUUACUUCUUGAUAUCAAUGAAUACAAAACCUCCAAGACCUGCAACUCCUGCUUAAAUCAAGACCUACAGAAUCUGAAGUGUGGAGAAGGUGAUGAUAUCAGAAAAAUCCAUCAAGUAUUGAAGUGCAACACUUGCAAUAUUUUUUGGAAUCGGGAUGUAAUGGCCUCCAAGAACAUGCUUCUCACUGCACAUACUAUCUGGAAUGGUCAAGGUCGACCUAGUAUCUUCAAAAAGCAAAUCGCCACUUCCAAUGUGGUUGCCUCGUCCCACUCCGGUGAGGCGCUGGCUUAA